GGUCAGCGGAUUGUAACAAGGAAGCAUUUGCAUUUGCUGCAUUGAGGAUUAGUUCACGAUGUUCCAAACUUGUAGUGUGCGACAACUAGUUUGGCUACUUAAACUUAAAUUGUCCAAACUUCAACUAUGAGAGCAUUUUACACUUUAAGCUGGCGAUGGCAAAACGGAGUUAUACGAUCAAAGACAAGAACACAGAGAUCAAAUUCGUGGUGGACGCUCGAUACAAGUUGAUUGAAACUAUUGGGAAUGGCGCCUACGGGGUGGUUUGUUCUGCAAUGGACACGAGAACAGGAGCUAAAGUUGCAGUUAAAAAGAUCUCAAGGGCUUUCGAUGUGCUUACAACGGCUAGACGAACACACAGGGAGCUUAAAAUACUGCGACACUUUAAACACGAUAAUAUUAUUUGUAUACGAGACAUUUUGAAACCUCCAGUGAACUUGGAUGAAUUUGACGAUGUGUAUGUCGUUUUGGAUCUGAUGGAAUCGGACUUACAUAGGAUAAUCCACACAGACCAGCCUCUGACCACAGAACAUGUUAGGUACUUUCUUUACCAAAUACUGCGCGGUUUAAAGUACAUUCACUCCGCUAAAGUCCUACACAGAGAUCUAAAGCCGAGUAAUCUACUCGUGAACGAGAAUGCCGAGUUAAAAAUCGGUGACUUUGGGAUGGCGCGUGGCUUGUGUUCUUCCCCCUUGGAACAGAAAAGGUUUAUGACGGAGUAUGUAGCUACAAGGUGGUACAGAGCCCCCGAACUCAUGCUCUCGUUGAAUGAGUAUUCUGAGGCUAUAGAUAUGUGGUCUGUUGGUUGUAUUCUUGCCGAAAUGAUUGGGAGAAGGCCCCUUUUUCCGGGAGCUAACUAUCUGAACCAGUUACAGAUGAUCCUUAGUGUGACAGGCACACCAUCCCAGAACUUUAUUGAAAGGAUGGGAGCAGAAAGAGUGAAAACCUACCUAAACCAACUCCCUCACAAGGAUCCAGUUCCAUUUGAAAAGUUUUUCCCCAAAUCCCACCCUGAAGCUAUCAACCUACUUAGCCAGAUGCUGCAGCUAGACCCCAAAGAGAGGAUAACAGUGGAAAACGCCUUGCAGCAUCCAUUUCUUAAGGAAUACCACAGCGAGGAGGAUGAGCCAACUUGCUACUCCCCACUAGACUUCAAGUUUGACACAGUUCUCAUGACUAAGGAAGCAUUAAAGGAAGCCAUUGUGAACGAGAUAAAGGACUUUCAGAAGAAACAGGCUUUAGUGCUAUCUCCUGUUUUGACAGUGUCUGACAUUAACCACAUUGGGAAGAAAACAGGAUCAACAGAUUUGAAAGGCAGAGGCAUUUCAUCUGUAACUCUGGCUGCUGUACAACAAAAAGAAGAUAAUCUUAAACGGAAACACCAGAAAGGCCAAAACAAAACGUGCAAAAAAGCUAAACAGAAGAAAACGCUCACUUCUGAUGACCAAACUGACAAAUCCAAAUCCAAGCUUAGUGAAGAUGACAGAAAAAUGCUAGAAAGAUGGGAACAGAUGAGAAAGAAAACUAAACCAUUUAUUCACCCCAUCAGAAAGUACAUGAGUGAGAUUAAUGCUCUAAAGGAUGAGCUUUUAAAUGAGCAAAACAAAAAAGAAAUAAGACCACAGGGCAUCACCACUUUGUCCCAAAUCAGCCAACAAUUUCAGUUCACCCAAUUUGUGCCUCAAGAUUGUAAUAAUGGCAACAUGGCUGCAUUGAAGGCUGUAAGAAUCCCAAACAAUCAAUUAAUUUUCAUGGAAACACAGCCUGUCACUGUUGUCCCCAAUAACAGUACUGCUGUCAAUAAACCCAGUUCUGCAGUGCCCCAACCGAUCUGUGUAACCCCUCAAGGUCUCCAGAACAGUGCGAAAAAACACAUUGCCUCAACAAUGCAUUGCGUCAACGGGCCAGCAGUGCAAGGAAGUACUUUAAUUUGUGGAAUACAGCAGCCUCAUGGCCAGACACCGACAACAGUAGCAAUAGAGUCUGUAACUGCAGCCACACAAGUUUCUAAUUCCCAGCUGUCAACACAACCUCAAAUAGCAAAACCGGCACAGCAACAUUUGAUUACAACUAAAAGUAUUCCUUUAAUUGGGGAGCAAAGUAGCACGCCACUCACUGAGGUGAAUAAAGAGUCUAAACGCGAAAUGUAUUCGGUGAAGCAAAGUUUUGCUCAGCAUUCCUUGUCUACUUCCAACUUGGCAGCACAUGCUGUGCAAGCAGCACCACUAGACAUUCAGGGCUUGAAAACCCUUUCUAUUGGACCAACAGAUACCACACCUUACCUUAUCGAGCAAACUGCUCCAAACCCACCAGAACAUGAAGCCAUUCCACAGCAACUUUCAUCAGAGUCUUCUGCUGCGGCAUCGUCAGUUUCAAUGUUUACAGUGUCUCAAUCGCCCAGUCACCUUAAUCAUCAGGAAUGUCAACACUGUGACGGGCCUGACGGUGUUGCACCAGGGAAUACAUCCACUACGCAAACAAGUUUGACUAAUAUUUCUACAACCAAUCAACCUCCACAUACCUCUGUUGUAAGCUCAUCCUUGGCAGCUCCGGAAAUACAAGCAGCAAGCGUUGCCUACUCCUGGCCCAGCUCCACCAAAUCAUGUUUGGCAUUACGGGCUAAAGCACUGCCGUUGGAAGCCCGCGGAGUACCAGCCCAGCAGCAGUCCGACAUUUUCUUGUCAGCUACAGAUUCAAACUUUACAACCUCAGCAGACUGUGCUACCACCAGAGUAACAUUUAAUGGUACCCCCACUAUUGGAUCUUCCUUUACGGUAGCUUCACAGCUUUUGGCGCCUGACACUACAGUAGCCACUACCAAUAUCGUGCAAGCACCGCAACCAAUAGAACACAAGCUGCAAUCGAUGGCAUUAACAUCCAUAAAAAAUACCCAAGACGCAUUUUCCCUUAACGCCAGCAAUAUUGGCGAUCAUCUGCCACUUUCUCCAAAGUUGAGUAAGAUACCAGUGGAAGCUUUGACUUCAGAACAACAGCAAUUCCUGCAAUAUCUAACUUCACAAUCAUUUGGAAAUAACCAAAUUCCCAGCCACUUGCUAAGCCUUUUUAACGCUCUAGAAGGAAAUGAGGAAUUGAAUAGUGAUGAGAAAGAGACUCUUCAGGAAACAUUGGAAACCCCGACACUCAAGUUUGCAGAAGAAAUCAUCUAUACAUCUGGUCUCUCAGCUAAAUCUAGAGGUGCAGGUAGUGGCUAUGGACUUGGGAUCGAUAUUGAGGAGCUCUUUGGGAAUCUAGCAAGUCCAAGCAAGGAUCCCAACCUUUGUCUACCAGCCACCCUCAGUCUGCCUAACAGUCCAUCACUGUCCUCUUCGCUGCUCUCGGAUUGGCUUGCUGGUCAGGAAAUACCGCCCGCUGAUAUGGAGGAGAUCCAGAAAGAGUUGGAAUAUAACAACACUGCUCUUGGGCUCUUUCCAGACAUGGGUGCUGGUGUCGAAGAUACAGGAAAUACUUAGAUGUCAAAACAUAGAUUUCAGGCAAACUCAGUAUUCCAUCUUAAAAGCCUCAUACUAAGAAAUACCUGUACUUGACAAGUAUAAAUAUGGUGCAUGUUAUCUAGCUUUUUUCCAGCAGAUAUGUGUUUGUAUGGUCUUUAUAUUUUGCAUACCUUUAUAUUUAAUUCUUUAUAAUAUUUUCUAUAAAAUACAACUUUGUACAGACAUAUCAUAUCCAAAAUAAAUAAAGGAAGGAAGGAAUGCAGUUUGACCACCAUUUUUUUCCUUCUUUGGCCGUGUUGGGAGCUUGAAUCUAGUUCUGCAAAUGCCUAUUGCCAAGAAUGCCUAGCUAUAUAGGGAGGGGGAGGAGGAAGGAAUGGAGGAGAAGACUGAACAUAGCGCGCUAUCUAUCCCCUGUGAGAAAACAAAGCACAGGUAAACCAUUUGUAGUCUCUAUUCUACCCAAAACUGGAAU